AUGCUGGAACUGGUCGUAGAUGUAGAUAAUGAUGAUGAUGAUGAUGAUGAUGAUGUAGAUGAUGAUGAUGUAGAUGAUGAUGAUGUAGAUGAUGAUGAUGUAGAUGAUGAUGAUGUAGAUGAUGAUGAUGUAGAUGAUGAUGAUGUAGAUGAUGAUGAUGUAGAUGAUGAUGAUGUAGAUGAUGAUGAUGUAGAUGAUGAUGAUGAUGAUGAUGAUGAUGAUGAUGUGUACAUCAUGAUGUCACAUGAGGAGGAGCAAAAACGUCUUAGAAGGCUGUUGGAGGAAGUUUCUAAUGAAGGUGAAGACUGUGAGAGUUCAGAGUUUGAAGAUUCGGAUGACAAUGAAGAAGAACAAUGCGAUGAAAGUGAUCAUGCAACUGCAAGUGAUCAAUCUGAUAAGGAUGCUAGUUAA